AUGACCUUACACGGUGAUUCUACAUUUGUAUUUGAGUUUAGCUCUGAUGAGGAUAGACAAGCAGUUCUUGAGCAAGGACAUGUUUACAUUGCUAGUAGACUGUUUACGAUCCGGCCUUGGUAUCCUAUGGUGGAGAAAAUGGUGGAGGAUUUGAAAACUAUUCCAGUAUGGUUUACCCUCAAGAAAAUUCUUACGUUCAUGUGGAACCAGAAUGGUAUCGGCAUCAUUGCUAGUUAUUUAGGCAUUCCUCUAAUGACUGAUAAGAAGACUCUUGAACGGUCUAGAAUGAAUUUUGCUAGAGUGUGUAUGGAGAUAGAUACUUCCUAUUCUAAGUGUCCUUUUGUUCAACAUGUUGAGGUUGAAAAGAAGAAGGUGCAGCCUGGUCCAAAAGUUCAUAGAAGUGAAUGGGUUGUGAAAACAAAUAAGAAGGACAAAGGGGUUAUUAUUGGUUCAGGGCAAGACCAAGAUCUUAUUGAGGAGGUUAUGGAUGAAGAAGUAGAGGAGCAGAGAGUUAUUACUGAGGUUGAUAUGACUAACCCACUCAAGGAGAUGAUGUCAGAGUCUAGGAAGAGACUAUUUGAUGAGAGUGAGACUGAUCCUGGAAUCAGGGGAAGUAGUGAUAGAGCACAUUACACAAAGAAGAAUCAUACUAUCGUUAAGAGUAUUCAUCAUAUGGGUGCAGAUUUGAAGAAGUCUGCUAGAGAAGUUCUUACUAAUAGGAAUUUGAAGUUUGUAGUAGGCUUUGUCUAUGGUAGUAAUGAUGCAGCUAUUAGGCAACAGUUGUGGGCUGAUGUGCAGAGGUUUACUUCUUCUAUUCGAUUACCUUUUAUGCUGCUGGGGGAUUUAAACUCUAUCAUGUUUCCUCAUGAGAAGGUUUGUGGUACUGUUUCUCCUCAAAACUACUUGGAUUUUUGGAAUUGUACUCAGGACUACCAGGUAUUUGAUCUUGCUUAUUCUGGUUGUUUUUAUACUUGGGCGAAUGGUCAUACUGAUGAUACUAGGAUUUUGUCAAGAUUGGAUAGAGUUCUUGUUAACUUGGAUUGGGUGAAGAGCUUCUCUGACUCUCUAUUUGUCUUUCUUGAGGCUGGUGUUUCAGAUCAUUCAUCCAUGAUAGUAUCUAUUUAUGAAAAUCGUCACCAUGGUCCUCCUCCAUUUAAAUUCUUUAAUUUCAUGAUUGAGGAAGCUGAUUUUUUGGAGAUGGUUAGGAGUGUUUGGGAUGUUCCUGUUAGGGGAAAUCCCAUGUUUGUUUUUGUCACUAAAUUGAAGAAGGUAAAAUCUAGAAUUAUUUUAUGGAAGAAGGAAAGAUUUAAAAACAUUCUUACUCAAGUGGAGUGUGCUAAGCUUGAGUUGAAGGCUAUACAACAUCACAUUCAGAAAGACACUCUUUGUGUGGAGUCUGCUCAAAAGGAGAAGGUUGCUAUUAAGCAUUAUGCUAAAGUCACUCGUUAUGAAGAAUCGGUGGCCAAGCAGAAAUCCAGAGAUGAUGAUAUUGUCUUGGAAUGUAUUGAUUUCUACUCAACUUUGUUUGAUGAUUCUUCUAGCUCUUUUGUUGAUGAUCCUGCUGUCUUUUAUUCUAUUCAGUUCGAUAUUACUCUUAGUGAGGAGGACAUGCUUAAUCUAUCAAGACCAGUUACAAGGGAUGAAGUAGUGAUUUCUUUGUCUUCUAUUGGCUCUAAUAAGGCACCGGGUCCGGAUGGCUUUUCCAGCUGGUUCUUCAAGUUCUGUCGGAGUAUCUUGGGUGAUGAUUUCACUGCGGCAGUUCAGAACUUCUUUAAACAUGCUAAGAUGCUCAAGGAGGUAAAUAAGACCUUUCCCACCCUAGUUCCUAAAAAAGAUAACCCUAACUCUGUGUUGGAUUAUAGACCCAUUGCUUGUUGCAAUAUCCUAUAUAAAUGUAUUACAAAUAUUAUUUCUCUGCGCAUGAAGCAUGUUAUGGGUAGACUGAUCAGUGCCAAUCAAUCGGCUUUUGUGUCAUGUAGGUCUAUUCAUGAUAAUGUGUUGGUUUUUCAUGAACUGUUAAGAAACUAUCAUAGGAAAACAGGGACCCAUAGAUGUGCUCUUAAAAUUGAUCUCAAAAAAGCAUAUGAUACUGUUAGUUGGAGAGAUGUGCUUAUUGCUUUACAAAAAUUUGGGUUUCCUGAUAUUUUUAUUGAGUGGAUUAGGUGUUGCAUUACUUCUCAUACAUUCUCCAUUAUGAUUAAUGGGGCCCCUUAUGGUUUUUUUGGUGCCAAGAGAGGGUUGAGACAGGGGUUCCCGUUAUCCCCUUAUCUCUUUGUGAUGGUGAUGGAGAUUCUUAGUGUCUGUUUAAAGAAGCAAGUGCAGAGUGGAGAGUAUGAGUUCCAUCCUAAAUGUCAGAAGACUUACAUUACACACUUAUACUUUGCAGAUGAUGUGCUUGUUUUUUUUCGGGGUGAUCUUCAGUCAGCUUCCUCUCUUAAUACUGUUAUUCAACAAUUAAGUGCUUCUACUAGACUUGAUGUGAGUAAGGAGAAGACUUCUUUGUUCCACUCAGUUGUUAAUGAGACUUUCCUUAAAGAUUGCCAGCCUCUCAUUGACAAAGUUACUAGCCGUAUAAGAUCCUGGAAGUCUAAGCAUUUAUCUUACGCUGGGAGGCUUUUACUUAUAAUUUUUUUUUGCUUAAAUUCGAUUUUUAAACGCUUUGUUUGGGAUGGGGCUGACCUGGAUAAAAAAGCUAACUGCCCUAUAAGCUGGAGUCAAAUUUGUGCUUUUUAUAAUGAAGGGGUUUGGAAGUUAGGGAUAUUCAGAUUACCAACAAAGCAGCAGAUUACCAACAAAGCAACAGGUAUGAAGCAUGUCUGGGAUUUGGUGGAUGAUAUUAAUUCUGUUUGGACUGACUGGAUCAAAGCCAAUAUAAUAAAAGAUAUGAAGUUUUGGAGUAUGAAGUGCCCUCAAGAUGCUUCUUGGAGUUGGGGAUCUAUAUUGGUAAUGGUAAAUCUACUUCGUUCUUGA